AUGGACAAGUUGGGUCGGUUCGUGGGUCUCCCGGGAGUGUUCCUAGCGAGCCUCUUCGCUGCCUCUCUCAGUACAUUGUCUUCCGGAAUGAACUCGGUGGCAGCCGUCAUCCUCGAAGCCGUCCGUGAGACCCAAUUCGGGAAACACCUCAGUGACCACAGAACAGCGACGUAUACGAAGCUCAUCGCAACCGGGAGUGGAGUAGUGACGAUGGCCCUGGCCUUUGUGGUCGGUCGAACGGGCGGCGGAAUCUUGCAGAUGGUCGUGAUCGUCACUUCAAUAACCGCAGGACCAACCCUGUGCCUCUUUCUCACGGCGGUUCUCUGUCCAUUCGUCAACAAACACGGAGCAAUUGCCGGCGUGAUGGCAUCGUUGGCGACGACGUCUUGGCUCGGUUUUGGAUCAUACAUAGCCGGAGUUCCAGGUCCGACCCCAUUGCAUUCGUCCGUGGACCGAUGCCCCUUCAACGUGUCCGUGACGCCGCCUCCACCCCCACCCGAUCUGGACAAGUGA